GUCGUGCCGCGCAACGGGCAACGUGCAGCGCCUGCCGCCAACGGUCAGUGCGCUGACAGACGCGGCCGCCACCACUCCUUACGUCUUCGAUCCCACAGGGGAUUCUGUAUGCGCCUCUAUGUCUUAUGUAGAGGCGGAUGUCCCACUCUCUCCCGGGUUCUUCGCACCAUACGGGAAGUCUGGACGGAAUCCGACGCCAGCUCCCUCGACAGGCAGCAGGGCAUGGCUCGGGCCGGCGCCGGCGCUGGCGGCCCGCGGUGGCAGCGGCGGCUGUCGCUGCCCGAGGCGGUGAUGCGGCGCUACGCCGUGCAGCUGGCGCAGUCCGACGACAGCGAGGACGCCAGGGCCUCCGAGCCUGCGCCCAGUCCGCCCGCCACAGGAAGCGAGUGGAAUACCGGCCGCUCAGGCAGCAGUCGGAGUACCACCUUGCCGUACAACAAUAGCCCUCAUUCCGAAGGCAACCUCGAGAUCCUGGACAGCGCUGGCCGUACGUCCAGUUCGGGAACUGAGGCCAACAGUAGAGUUCCCGAGCUGCCAACUGUCAUCAACUGCAAGCCGUGCUGCCCGGGAGCAUCGCCCGUCAGCGUAUCGUGUCCCAGCAGCCGAGCCUCGGUGGGCUGUCAGAGUGGUGAGCCGUCGACAACAGUGAGCAGCAGUUUUCGUACUGCGAUAAAUGUUAAUGCCGAAGUCGGGCCCCGGAACUGUUGCGCCGAGAGCGACGUAACACCAUCCUCAGCAACUGCAGCACUGCCUGCGUCGCACAACGGGGACACCUUUCUGGCAGAGUGUGUCCGCUUUCUCGAACGCGCAGAUAAAGGCAUGGAGCCCUUGACCCCCACCAGUGGCUGCUCGACGUCCAAUCCCAGGAGCAAGUCGUCCAGCAGCAACGGCGGAUAUCUACAGUUCGUAGAUCGCCCAGCUACGCCCUCCUCGAGCAGCAGCGCCAGUGUAAAGACGAUCACGGACGUUCAGAGAGCACGCGAUACGUUUUCAGCGUGCUCAAAACGAGACUCGAGGGUGUGUGCCCAAGUGAGCGGCAGAGACUCAGUGGAUCCGUGUGCAGCGUUCAACAGUUUUACCGGUGGGUCGGGAUGUGUUUCGAGAGCGGACAAGGCCAUCAGUGUCAACGUGUUGCCGGAGGUGGGUGGGGGAUGCGAUGUGAUUGCGGGUAGUAGCUACUGCGAGGGAGAGAGGGCGCAAGUUUGCGUUGCACGCUACUCCGCCUUGCCACGCUCCGUCUCCAUGUUGGUUAAUGUAUCCUCUGCGGAGUGUAGCAGCAGCAGUGACGAGGAGGACUCGGAAAGCGGGCUGAGCCUGGUGGACAGCCUCGAAGACACGCAGCUGAAAGCGUUCUUCGUGCCAGUCGGAGGGUCCGGCCCGCGGCCCGCCACGGAGAGGGCGCUGGCUCUCAGCCUGCCUCGCAGCUUACACCGGAAGCUCUCCGAGCGCCGCCGUCAGCUCAUCGAGAGGCAGCGUCGCUGCAGAGAGCAGCACAAGCUCUCCGCUCCAGUUACCGAAAAGCGGGACGCGAGGCCGGCGUCAAAACUCAACGCGAGUGCGCACUUGCACAAAAAACCGACGCUCAGUCUUCCAGAUAUCAACCAGCCCAGGCGUGCCUGCAGAAGACUCAGUCCACUAGUGUACAACGAAUCUGCCAAGAGGGCAGAAAGUAACCACACCGAAGCCAACUGGAAAAGUACUUCUGUUGCACCACUUCCUCAGGACCGGCAACCCACGACAGACAAAGAUAGCCCCAAAAAAAUGGGUGUCUCUUCAGAAAUACAGACUCAAGAGAAACGCCACAAUUGUGCCACAACGUUUCUACCUCCACCUAGACAUCGCUUAGACACAAAGACUUCCCAGAGAGACAGUGCCAAAGUAAUUCGUAGACACUCAUGCAUCAAUAACAUGUCGGCAUCACCGAGACCUAAACUAAGGACCUCUAGACGUACUUCUGAUAGUAUACAGAAAAUAAAAAGGGCCAAUAAUGAAACCGCGAAGCCCAUAUCCGCAGAUGGAAGAGAUACUGCAGUUGUGGUUCCGCCUACAAAAACUGAAACGCCAAUAUUAGAUACUCUUGAGCCACUUGAGCCAAAUGUCAUCGAGGAAGAGAAUGUGCCUUUACUUAUUCCAGAUAACAGUUACAAUGAAAAAGAGGAGAAAAUUGAAGUGCCUUUGGAGUCAGCAGGCGUUACUAGCCAAUGCAAGCCAGAAACGAAUUCUGUAAGCGGAACAGACAAAUUUCGGAAUUUAGCCCCGGCUGAAGACACACGUGAUCGAACAAACUGCCCCAAGCCCUUGUUAAAAUCAGUAAUUCCCACGAAACCUUUGUUAAAAUCAGCUGUUCCCGUUAAGAAAUGGACGAGCACAAUGUACGGAAAGAAAGUGCCCGACAGUGAUGCGAUCGUACGGCCAAAUUCUCGCAAACCGUCCCGGUUGCCCGUUAGAAAGCUUUCGAGGCUACUCCCACCAGCUCCUUCACCGUGCUCCAACAAUUUGCUGUCCAGCACGUACUGCCACAGGUUCGAGGUAAUUCCUGAAGAGAGAAGCGCUUCUCUCGACUCGUCGAACGAAGAUACGGUCCGCAGCGUGGCAGACAGGUCGAGGCAAUCGUCACUCUGCAACAAACUCACCAAGAAGGAGCUGGAAAACAUAGAAUCUUACAAGGGGAAAGAGGCUCUUUCCAACGAGAACGACCUGCUUUCCAUUUCUAAGGGAUGGAUCAAUUUCUACCUUCUGAAAGAGAAUCGACUGGAAGACACGCCACUAGAUGAACGAGGCGGGCGACAGCUGACCGCCCCCGCCCCCGCCCCCACACCCGCGGCCGCGACGGCCGUGGAAUCCCCGUCCCAAUCGCAGCUGACCACUACAGGCAGAGUUUGUGCCGCAGGAUGGUCAGUGACGGUGGCGGCCAACCUGCACCAGUCCGAGGAGCUGGAGAUGCGGCUGUCGUUCCCGGCGUGCGUGCACAGCGCGGUGACCAGCCAGUCGGACUCCGGCGUGGGCGAGGAGAACAGCGGCUGCCUCGUCGCCACUCCGCAGCCUCCGCCGCCGGCGCUGCCCCCGAGCCAGCCGCGCUUCACGCUCACCCUGCGCAGCCGCGCUCAGCGUACGUAA